AUGAAGAAAAAAAUUUGGAUAUCGCUGCUUCUUCUACUGGUUUUGCGUGUCUUCGUUGCUUAUUCACUAGAUCUAAAUUUCAGCACAUGGUGGAACAUAGACUGUGGCAAUGACGUGGUAAGACCGCCGGAUCUUGAAAAAUUCCUAUACUGGGAUACAGAUGAGGACUUAACACAAUCGGGAAUCAACGCACGGAUCAACCCGACAACACAAGUACCAAAAGAGAUGAACACCCUGCGAUUCUUCCCUGAUGAGGCCCAGAAAAAUUGCUACAGUCUGCCCUUUAUAAAUUCCCAACGGUAUCUUAUUAGAGCAGGAUUCUACUACGGUAACUAUGAUGCUCUCUCGAGUCCACCAACGUUCGAUCUUUAUCUUGAUCAGAAAAAAUGGUCAACCAUCAAUACGUCAAUAAUCGAAGGGUCGAUAUAUCAUGAAGCUGUUUAUGUGACACGUGCGUCGGGGUUUCUAAGUCUUUGUUUGGUGCAGACGAAGGAAGGAGAUGUUCCUUUUAUUUCUUCAAUAGAAGCUGUUCCCUUACCAAGUGAUUUGUACUUUCAUUUGGACACUAAUUAUAGUUUCAUCUUGGUAACAAGGACCAACCUUGGUGGGGAUGAAGUCAGGUACGUGGACUUUACAUCUGAUGAGAAAUACAACCGAAUAUGGACACACGGAGAAAUCCCAUCAAACUGUAUCAGUGUCCCUACCUUACCAGAUAUCUCUUUCACACUAGAAAACGAACCCCCAAACACUGUGAUGAGCGAUUCCAUCCAAUCACGCAUUGCUACUAAUCCAAUAAUCAUGACCGUUGAUCUCCCACCAAGGACCCCAUACCCACAAUUGGCUUACUUCAUUUUCUACUUCAAUGAAAUAGCAGCCCUACCUGGCAACACCAGAACCAUUCUGAUUUACAGUGACGGUCAGAUGAAGUCCACGGUGACAACAGAAUUCAUCAAGUGCAAGGUGGUGACCAUCAAGGCAGUAACUGUAGCGGGCCCCACCAUUAAUGUAACACUGGGCACAACAGAUGGCUCCACCUUGCCAGCUAUUAUUAGUGCAAUGGAAGUUUUCAUAAGGGGAGAAUCCUACGAGGUGGCUAAUGGAUUGGUGACUGAUGAAGGAGUCGAUGAGUUGAGUGGCAAUGUUCCAGCGGUUAAUGAGGUGAGCGGUGUCACUAGGGAAGGUAGAGAUGCCAUGGGACAUAACGAACUGUAA